AGACGCCUGUGCAAGGCUGUUGGGUAGUUUGAAAGUCCUGGGAUCCAGCCCGUCCUGAGCUGGGAGUCCUGUAAUUAGUCUCGUUACGCUUUUCGCGACGCACUCUGAGUCUCAGGUCGACGCUAGGUUUACCAGCACGCAUCCUCCAGCUGGGAAUCACCAAAUAGACUGUCUGGCCAGAAGCCACUAACAAUUCGCUCAUGGAUGUCAUUAACCGUCCUUCGAAUGACUAUGGGUCUGACACAGAGUUGAUUCUUUCCGAACCAUCAUCUUCUCUGGAGCAGGAUGCCACAAUUCAAUUCUCGCAUCAACGUUUUGUACCCUCAGACUUUCUGAAACCAGAAUCUGGGGACCAUCCAGAGAUCGCCCCCUUUCUUAGUGAAGAGCCUCUUACUUCACCCAGCCUUAUCAAACGUUCUCUGGGUUUGAGCAAAGCAUCGUUCUCGUCCCUUACCUCUUCUCGGCAAGGAAGUUCCAGCAACAUCCUUUACACAAACCGUGGAGGAGCCGAUUCACAAAUUCUCUCAGACUUCUGUGGUCACCCGCUUUCCGACUUCUCCUUACGUGAGCAGGGAAGUUCUAGAGGAAAAAUGAAGAAGUUAACCGACAUCCUCAAGAAGCGCAGCCGGGGAAGGCUCUCCUCAGACACAGGCUCGUCAUCCCAGAUGGCCUCAAUUUCUUCCUAUGCUUCCGCUUCAACAGAAACUUUCAUGAACCCCUUCGUUCCAUCUCCCUUGCCAGUACUCAAGAAAGACAAGAAAGAGAAAGGGCGACAGCAAAAGGCACGACCACUUCCCAAUGCACCAAGUCCUCCAUUGUCCCCCGCAAAGGGUGAUGAAUUGAUGACGAUCGACCUUGAGUCCCUUGCACACAUGGAGGGUAUCGUCAAUACUUCCCUUUCUGGGCAGAAUAUCGCACCAUCCAAUGUUUCUCCAUCAAGUAUAAUUGAUCCAAGCAUUGCCAGUACUUCCGGAAGUAGCUUCCAGCAACCCCCAUCACCCACACUCUCCACUUCCUUCGUGUUCAGCAAUCCGUUUUCUUCCACUUCUCCUGCCAGCAAACGAAAAGCUUGCAUCGACUUUCGAAAGCUGUCUCCGAAGAGUUUGCCUCCUUUAGUUGGACCAGAGGAGCUGGACGUGUUUGGAGUUGUCUAUGAAACACCUUUGUGGACCGCUCCAGAAAGCUGGGCUGUUGAGAAGGACGGUGAGGAGGAGGCAGAUGUAGGGGGCGACUCAAGCUCUGAAGAGAGCACGAGAGAUGCCACAUCGUCUUUCAAUAGCUCCGGACUUAGUUCGAAACGCAAAUCCCGUCGGAAAAGCAAUCACCCGCGUAAAUUGCCCUCUCGCAGCAACGACCGCGUCCGCGUUAGAAUAUAUCGCGCGGACGGAUCAUAUCACGUUGCCCCAAUCUCGAUACACUCCACCGUUGCGGAGCUCACCCCGUCACUUAACCAGAAGCUAUUUGCGCACAAGGAGCGCGAGACACAUAAACUGUACCUCAAGGAGAGGGGACGAGAGCGUGUAUUGGCGCCUACCGAGAGGCCAGCUGCCAUCGUCAUUCGCCGAUUGGAGCAGGCUGGAUACGACCAAGCGGACAGUCUUACUUUUCUCGGUGCAGAAGACAUGACUUUCCUUAUGAAAUUCGUUUAUAAAAGUCAACUCCUUGGCCCAGCAGCUGAGGAGCUUACAUUUGAUGCAUUCGACCUGGUCGACCUGACAGGCUGUAGUCUACCCACCAUACCCAUCGUCCUCCAUCAAAACGCUAGCUCGAUCGUGUACCUCAAUCUCUCACGUAAUCCAAUGGUCGAGAUACCCCUGGAUUUUAUACAGUCCUGCACGACCCUCCGCGAUCUCAAAUUGUGCAGCAUGGCAAUGAAGAAAGUGCCUCAGAGUGUUCGGCAUUCCACCAGCCUACAUCGACUCGACCUAUCAUGUAAUCGCAUCGUGGACUUGGACGAUGCUGGUCUCGACCGCAUACCUGAGCUCUCAAGCUUGAGACUUCAGAAUAACAGGAUAGAGCAACUGCCCUGGUAUUUUCCCCGCCUCAAGUUUCUGAACUUCCUAAACAUCUCAAACAACAAGUUCGUGAAUGUGCCUAGCGUCAUCUGUCAGCUGCCCUGUCUUGUUGAGCUCGAUAUGUCUUUCAACAUGAUCACUGAACUUCCUGAGGAAAUUGGUCGCCUCACUACUCUCGAGCGCCUGAUUUUGAUUGGGAAUCAGGUGAUCAAGUUACCCGAAGAAUGCAGGAAUCUUGUCAACCUACAGUUACUUGACUGUCGAAGAAAUAACAUAUCCGACAUUUCCAUCGCCUACACCCUACCCAAACUCCAAAUUCUCUAUGCUGAUCAUAAUUCUGUUCACGCCCUUCAUCUGUCCAUUGGUCCCAGUCUGUCAGUUCUGGACGCCUCCCACAACGAUAUCACAUUCCUCAAAUUCGCUCCUAGCUCUCCACCGCAAAUAUCGCACACUCUCACACUACUCGAUGUCUCCUACGCUAAACUUUCCUCUCUCGAUACAUUCGAUUUCUCUCAGCUCCCUGCUCUUCAAACUCUGAAACUUGACCACAAUGAACUCCGCACGCUCCCAGACACCCUCGGCGAUCUCUCCCAUCUCAUACACCUUUCCUGUUGCGACAACAAACUCGUCUCUUUACCCUCUACUAUCGGCCUCCUUCAGCGCCUAGAAACCCUCGAUGCUCAUAACAACAGCUUGACGGAGCUACCUGUAUCCCUCUGGAAUUGCGCAUCGUUAAUCCAUAUCAACGUUACCUCCAAUCUGCUUGCUAGUUGGCAUGAUCCUCCUGGAGAUAACUUGGUUGCACCGGCGCCAUCUGGAAUAACUCUCGAGAUCCCCUCAUCAUCAUCAGCCGGUCACACUCCAAGAAAGCCCUCAAAUGCUACAUACACCAUGUCAAUACACAACGCACCUGGUCGGGCACUCCCCCCCCUCGCUUACUCUCUCGAGCGACUCUCAAUCGGAGAGAACCGUCUGACGGAAGAAGCGAUCCCUCCGCUCACCAUCCUCAAGGAGCUCCGUGUCCUCAAUUUGUCCUUCAACGAAAUUCAAGAACUACCGUCUGCCUUCCUCCGCAAUCUUCAGCAGCUAGAGGAACUGUACCUUAGUGGCAACCAGUUAACGAGUAUCCCCACUGAAGACCUGGUGAAAAUGACCAGAUUGUCGGUGUUAUUUUUGAAUGGGAACAAAUUCCAGACGCUCCCCGCUGAACUGGGCAAAAUUCCCAGUCUGACCAUUAUUGAUGCCGGCAGUAACCUGUUGAGGUACAACAUUCACAAUUGGGAAUUUGAUUGGAACUGGAAUUUCAAUUGUAACUUGAAGUACCUUAACCUGUCAGGGAAUAAGAAAUUGGAUCUCAAGCAGAACAACGGUGGCAAACGCGUGGUGGAUGAACAUGGAAGGGUGCUUUCCGACUUCUCUCGACUAUCUCAGCUUCGUGUUCUCGGGUUGAUGGAUGUCAUGACCACUUUUCUUCCCAAUAUUCCUGAAGACUCUGAUGAACGACGUGUUCGUACUUCUCAGACGGAAGUCAACGGAAUGUCAUAUGGCAUUGCCGACACCAUUGGGAGGGAUGGGUACCUAACCACGCUCGAUCUCGUCCUGCCCGAGUUCGGAGGGAAGAAGGAUGAGGCAUUGUUCGCAAUGUUUGGGCGUACUAAAGCUCUUCCCGGAAACAAUACUCUUUCGAAAUAUCUGCACGACAAUUUCGCUUCUGUCUUCACCGAACAGCUUCUUCAGUUGAAAAAAGACCAGAAGGGGGAGCGAAGGGAUGGCGUAUCAGACGCAUUGAGGCGCACGUUCCUGAAGCUAAACAGACAGCUCCACGACAGGCUCUACUCGCAGCCAUCUCGUAAGAUGUCCCAAGUCAGCGCAUCUACCACCGGUCCUUCUGGACCAGAUUCUUCUUACCUGCGACAAGGGGCCUCUGGGAUUGUUGUUUACGUGGUCGGCCGAACGUUGUAUGUUGCUAACGUCGGGCAUUCCCUUGCUGUCAUCUCGAGCCAAGGGAAUGCACAUCUCAUUUCCAAGAAUCACGACCCUUAUGACCGGGAUGAGGCAAGGCGCAUCCGGCUUGCAGAGGGUUGGAUAUCGCCGACGGGACUCAUCCAUAACGAGGUUAAUACGUCUCGAGCUUUUGGAUAUUACCACGACUUUCCAGUUGUCAAUGCGCGACCCGACAUCCACGUUCGCCAGCUAACCGAGCUCGAUGAGUUCGUGAUCAUCGGCAACCGUGGAUUGUGGCAGUAUAUAUCCUACCAGACCGCAGUCGACAUUGCUCGAUCGGAAGCUGACCCAAUGAUUGCGGCACAGAAGCUACGUGACUUCGCCAUAAGCUAUGGCGCGGACGGAAACACCAUGAUCAUGGUGAUAUGCGUCUCCGACCUCUUCCGCUCUCGACAGCCCAUAACAGACUCGCUCGUGGAUCCAGAUAUUUACAGCUCUAUCAAUAAAAAGAGGGCAGGGAAGAAAGCAGAUAUCGUUGAUCGCACCAUUGCUCGCUUAGAAGGAGAGGUUUCACCGCCCACUGGGCAUCUCUGCUUGGUAUUCACCGACAUUCGAAAUUCAACACAAUUAUGGGAAGCAAAUGCAGGCAUGCCCACAGCAAUGCGUAUUCACAAUAACCUUUUGCGACGACAUCUUCGAACUUGUGGUGGUUACGUUGUCAAGACGGAAGGCGAUGCAUUCAUGUGCUCCUUUCCGACUACCCUUGCCGCGAUGUGGUGGUGCCUCAUCGUUCAACUGAAACUUCUCCACGAACCCUGGCCGCUGGAGAUAUUAGAGUGCCCCGAAGGUAAAGAGGUGUAUGAUGAGCAUGGACAGCUUCUUGCACGUGGACUCUCAGUCCGCAUGGGGGUUCACUGCGGUACUCCGGUGUGCGAACCAGAUCCUAUCACUGGUCGGAUGGACUACUUUGGGCCCAUGGUCAUUCGGGCCGCUCGUAUCAGCGGGAUCGCACUGGGUGGGCAAAUUAUGUGCAGCGCCGACGUCGUUCGUGAGAUGAAUGCCAAGAUCUUCGAGAAUGGUCAGGACACAGAGUAUUCAGAGUUUCAGCCAACACAAGCUAUCGAAGCGAUCCGGCAAAUGCAGAUAGCUCUCGUCCCUGCCGGGGAAGUGAAAUUGAAGGGGCUGGAGAUUCCGGAGAUGGUUUCCCUCGUCUACCCAGCAGCCCUCUUAGGCCGUCAGGAUUUAGAUGCAUCUGGGUCGCAUUUGAGCACAUCCACAUCCACAGCCCGAGUCCAGCUGAGCAUUGCUCAAGUUAGAGACUUAGCUAUGCUAUGUCUGCGUAUCGAAGCCCUGACUUCGGGCCGUAUCUUUCGUCCUCGCCUCGAACAGAAGGAGUAUGUGUCUGACCUUCCAUCGGAGCCUCUCUCCGACGAAGACGUUUUGGAGCCUUCGGUGAUGUAUGGUGAUCCGAACUUGCUUCUUCCCCCGAUGAACGAGAAAACAUCUGAUCUUGAGAUCAUGAUGCACCUCGAUUCGCUUUCCUUACGGCUUGAGAACGCUGUUGCAUGUUUAGCUCUCAAGAAACUAUCCGAUAAAUCGUCCGCCAUCGUGACAGCUCUAGAAGGCCACGAGGGUAUUGACGAACAGACGCUUCAUUUAAUAACUUCAUUGUUAUCUCGAUGUUGACCUUUUAUUGUGAUUUCUAUCUCCUUUUCAUUACUCAGCUGCAUCACUGUACUGCAUUUGCAUUUAAACCACGUAUAUAUUACCUGCACGCCCUUGUUAUGAGUAUUAAUGGUCUGUACAAUUUUUAUACCAGUUCAUCUCUGCACUACCGAGGGUAAAUAACAUUCAUUCGGACAUA